AUGAACCCUCCGUUCCUCAUCAUCAACGUUCGUAACGUCAUCCACCACCUACACCCCUCCAAUCGCACGAUGCCACUACUCCAAUCACCGUUGAGCUUCGGAUCUGCGCAACAAUCAUACAUCCGAUGCGAGAUGCCCGACACCGCCGCCACCCAUUUAAAGAUUCCUCCGCCACGAGUGAUUGCACAGCCAUCGCGAUCUCUCGAUGUUGCUCGUCCCGGCCACAUAUCAGUGCAAGUUCAUUUUGAUGUUAUCACUUUUUGUUUUGACCAUGAACUUGUGGUGUUUGUUUGUAUUUGA